CCAAAAUUGAACUAUCAGUUGAUUGGGCUUCCCAGUGCGCGAGACAGGAGCACACACACGCUGGGCUGCACUGCCCCCCUACCGCACUGGCAGAAAGCGAGCUGGAGCGCCGAGAGCUGUCGUCCCGAGCGCAGAGACGGUGCUUUCAUUGGUACAGUAGCUACCCACCUCGCAAUGUGCCAAGAAACUUAACAGGAAUAACACUCCCGUCUUUUUCUUACGUUUCCUGUUUUUUUUCAGAUGUUCCAGUGUUUUUUGCGUGUUUUGCUUAUGCAUGGUAGUUGUCUUGCACUGAGGUAGCGUAAUUAUUCGCUGGCUGUUUUUGUGAUUAGAGGCGGACACAGGUGAAGAUGGCGAGGGGACCUGCUCUAGGAAUAACUUUCGCUGGUGGCAGAUCGGCAUACAUCAAUAUUUUGUUAUUCUGGUCGCUCGCCUGCGCGGUGAGUGGACAGGAGUUUCCUACCAACGGAGUGAACGGAUUCAGCUUGCAUCCGCCGUAUUUCAACUUGGCAGAGGGCACGAAAAUCACGGCGACCGCGACCUGCGGGGAGGACGAGAAUGGGCGUGCGAUACAGGACUUGUAUUGCAAACUUGUUGGGGGGCCGGUGUCGGGAGACCCGAGUCAGACCAUUCAGGGCCAGUACUGUGACACCUGCACCAUGGGUGACAGCAACAGGGCGCAUCCCAUCACGAACGCCAUCGACGGGACAGAGAGAUGGUGGCAGAGCCCUCCCCUUUCCCGCAGCGUGGAGUACAAUGAGGUCAACGUCACUUUGGACCUAGGGCAGCUCUUCCAUGUGGCCUAUGUUCUCAUAAAGUUUGCAAAUUCCCCCCGACCUGACCUUUGGGUGCUGGAGCGGUCCAUCGAUUUUGGGGAGACAUAUCAACCGUGGCAGUUCUUUGCCUCUUCAAAAAGAGACUGCAUUGAACGGUUUGGCCAAAGGACAAUUGAGCGCAUCUACAAGGACAACGAUGUCAUCUGCACCACCGAGUAUUCCCGCAUCGUCCCACUAGAAAAUGGAGAGAUUGUGGUGUCCCUGGUGAAUGGGCGCCCGGGAGCCAUGAAUUUCUCCUACUCCCCCGUGCUGAGGGACUUCACCAAAGCCACCAACAUCCGCCUGCGUUUCCUUCGCACCAACACACUGCUGGGCCACCUGAUGGGGAAAGCACUGAGGGACCCCACUGUCACUCGCAGGUAUUACUACAGCAUCAAGGACAUCAGUAUUGGCGGACGGUGCGUGUGCAAUGGACACGCGGAAGCCUGCAACGCUAAGGACCCCAACGACCCUUACAAACUGCAGUGUGAUUGCCAACACAACACUUGUGGGCCAUCAUGUGACCGCUGUUGCCCUGGAUUCAACCAGAUGCCAUGGAAACCAGCGACGACUUACAGCGCUAAUGAAUGUGAACCCUGCAACUGCAACAAGCAUUCGUUUGAGUGCUAUUACGACCCAGAGGUUGACAAGAGGAGGGCCAGCAUCAACAUUCACGGGGAGUACAGGGGUGGUGGUGUGUGCCUGGAGUGUCAGCACCACACUACAGGAAUCAACUGCGAGCGGUGCAUACCUGGGUACUACAGGUCACCUGAUCAGCCUCUGGACUCACCAUUCGCCUGCUCUCCUUGUGCCUGCCAGUCCGAGUUUACGGAUGGAACGUGCGAGGACCUGACGGGCCGCUGCUACUGCAAGCCGAACUACACUGGAGUUAACUGUGACACCUGUGCAGAGGGCUACAUCAACUUUCCCCAGUGCUUCCCUAUUCCCAUCAUCUACAACAACAAUAAUGGUGAAGCACUACCUGCUGGGGAAAUUAUAAACUGUGAGUGUAAUGCAGCCGGCACAGAGGGCAACUCCUGUCGUCCCGACCCCCGAACUCGCUCCUGCGUCUGCAAGCCAGGCUUCACGGGAGUCCACUGUGACAGCUGUGCGCCUGGCUUCUUUGGCCUUAACUGCCAGGCCUGCCAGUGCUCUGGUCCCGGCUGCCUGGACGGGACCUGCGACUCGGCCACGGGUCAGUGCCACUGCCGCAGCGGCUUCCAGGGGUAUUCGUGUGAGCAGUGCGCCCCAGGGUACUUCAACUACCCUCUCUGCCAGCUGUGUGGUUGCAGCGCGGUUGGUUCUCUCCCAGAGGGCUGUGAUGCCUCAGGUCGUUGCCUGUGCCGACCGGAGUUCCAGGGGCCACGGUGUGAGCAGUGUCGGUCCGGCUUCCACUCCUACCCCAACUGCCAAGUGUGCUCCUGUGACCCUCGCACCUCUCUGGAUUCCAGCUGCAGUGUCACAGGGCACUGUCACUGCCGUCCUAACUUCAGUGGCACGUCAUGUGACCAGUGCGCACCCGGUUACUACGGCUACCCGAGCUGCACACCCUGCCAGUGCUCUGUUGAAGGUUCCCGUUACAGCACCUGUGAUCAGGUCAAUGGACAGUGCACCUGCUUGCCCAAUGUGGUGGGCCAGCGCUGUGAUUCCUGCACCCCGGGAUCGUAUGGCUUCCCACUCUGUCAAGUUGGAACUUGCAACCCUGCUGGUUCUGUGCAGAAUGAGAUUUUGCCAACAGUUGGUGCCUGCGAGUGCCGUACCUAUGUGGAGGGUGCAGCCUGUGACAAAUGCAAACCCCUCUUCUGGAAUCUGUCGCCAGAUACUCUUUAUGGAUGCUCCAGCUGUGAGUGCAAUACAGAGGGAACCCUGAGCAGUGUGGCAGAGUGUGCUCAGAGCAACGGACAGUGUUACUGCAAGCCAAAUGUAUGCAGUGGGACAUGCUCUGUGUGCAAAGAUGGCUUCUUCAACCUGCGGGGGGACAACUACUUUGGGUGCCAGGGCUGUCAGUGUGACAUAGGGGGGUCCGUCGGACUGUCGUGUGGCGACAGGAAUGGGAGAUGUCAGUGCCGACCCAACGUGGAGGGGUCAAAGUGUAAUCAACCCAGACCAGACCACUACUUCCCAGACCUGCACCAUCUGAAGUUUGAAAUUGAGGAUGGCACCAUGCUAGAUGGUCGGCCAGUCCGUUUUGGGUACAACCCCCUCGAAUUUGAGGGUUUCAGCUGGAGAGGUUACGCACAGAUGUCUCCAAUCCAGCCCAAGGUGGUGGUGGCAGUGUCAGUGAGCUCUCCGGACCUGUUUCAUGUAGUAUUGCGCUACGUCAGUCGCGGCUCCGUGGACAUCCGGGGCAGGGUGUCAGUCCUGGAGGACGGGAAGAACUUUUUAUGCGGCAACUGCUCAGACCAGUCCAAACAGAUCAUCUUUGCUCCAAGUUCGGAACCCGCGUUUGUCAAUGUACCGCAGAACAACUUUGUGGAGCCCUUUGUUCUGAACCCCGGCACAUGGACAGUGGUCAUUGAGGCCGAGGGCAUUCUCCUGGACUAUCUGGUAUUGUUACCCAGUGCAUACUAUGAAGCCCCCAUUUUGCAGUUCAAAGUAACAGAGGCCUGCACCUACAGCCCCUCACAGGACUCCAGCCAGAACUGCCUGCUUUACAAGUACCUGUCACUGGACGGCUUCCACUCCAUUUCGGGCAAUGAUGCCAGUUGCAGAUUCGACAACCACCUUCCACGGCCCUGCCAGAAUGAGAAGAUCACUCCCCGCCACCCCAGCAUGGCCAUCUGUAGUGGCAGCGAUAUUAAUGUACAUCUGCGGACUCCAGUGCCCCACCCCGGGAAGUAUGUGGUGGUAAUAGAGUACGCCAGUGAGGAGGAGACAUCCCAGACACUCACUGUAUCCGUCAACACACCAGGUGGACGCACACACCAAGAAUAUGUCUCACUGCUACACUGCAAAUACAGUUUCUUGUGUCGAGUGGUCAGCGUGGAUGACAAGAACCGCGUGGCCAUCUUCACACUGUCCACUGAAGCCGACGUGCAGCUCAUUGCUGAUAGAGCCAGCUUCUUCCUGCACAAACUGUAUCUCAUCCCCCAUGAGCAGUUCACCAUGGAGUACCUGGAGCCCAAAGUGCAUUGCAUCAGUACACAUGGGUCCUUUUCUCCUGACAGCAGUGCCUGCAUCCCGUCCCGCUUCCAGACGCCCUCCCAGUCGCUGGUUCUGAAGGACGGUCAGGCCUCUUCGGUCCAGGAGCCAGUCCUGGCCUCCCCUCCGCACUCACAGUUCCUGCCUGCAGACUCCCCCCAGUGGGCGGCUGGCGAACGCCCCCCAGCUGCUGCGGACAACAGCGAGCACGUCCGCCUCAGCCCUUCACAGAAUGCAGUGAUGUACUCCACAAGGGUACAGACUCUGGGCCGGUACGUCUUCAUCCUGCACUAUCACCAGCCCCUGCACCCCACCUUCGCUGUCCAGGUCUUCCUCAACGGCGGACGCAUUUGGCAGGGCUUUGCCAAUGCGACCUUCUGCCCCCAUGGUUACGGUUGCCGCAGUCUGCUGAUCUCAGAAAAUCAGAUCAUCCUGGAUGUGACAGACAAUGAGGUCGUGCUGACAGUCCGUGUUCCUGACGGCAAAACACUGUGGCUGGAUUAUGUUCUUGUGGUCCCGGAGGGCAGCUACAGCUCAAGCUACCUCACAGAAGAGCCCCUGGACAAAUCUUACGACUUCAUCAGUAACUGUGGCCAAAACAGCUUUUACAUCAAUCCGGUGUCAGCCUCAGCCUUCUGCAGGAACUCUGCUGUGUCGCUGUCGGCAUUCUUCAACAACGGCGCUCUGCCAUGUGGAUGCCACGAGGUUGGGGCGGAGAGCGACACCUGUGAGCCGUUCGGCGGGCAGUGCCGCUGCCGGCCCAACGUCAUUGGCCGAGACUGCUCCCAGUGUGCCACAGGGUACUGGGGCUUUCCCAACUGCAGGCCAUGUAGCUGUGGCACUCGGCUGUGUGAUGAGGUCACAGGCGAGUGCAUCUGCCCUCCUCGCACACUGAGGCCAGAGUGCGUGAAGUGCGAGCCGCAGACCUUUGGCUGCCACCCGCUGGUCGGCUGCGAGGUCUGCAACUGCUCCAAGCCUGGCAUCACUGCGCUUGACAUCAGCUGUGAUGCCAACAGCGGACAGUGCAGCUGCAAAGACAACAUUAUUGGUCGUCAGUGUGACCGCUGCGCCCCUGGCUUCUAUGGCUACCCCAACUGCAGGCAGUGUGACUGCAAUGAAGCCGGCACAGAGAGUGAUGUGUGUGACUCUGUCACUGGACAGUGCCUGUGCAAGGAAAACGUCGAGGGGCCGCGCUGUGGCCAGUGCCGUGUGGGAACCUUCCACCUGGACCCCACCAAUCCCAAGGGCUGCACCAGCUGCUUCUGCUUUGGGGCGACUGACCGCUGCCGCAGCUCGGACAAGCGCCGCACCGAGCUGAUGGACAUGAAUGGAUGGGUUCUGCUGAGUGGGGACCGGCAGGAGGUUCCAGUUUCCACGGAUCUGGAGAAGGGCCUGGUGGAGGCUGACCUGAGCGACGUGCCUGAUGUCUACCAAGACCUUCACUGGCACGCCCCCAGCAGCUACCUAGGAGACAAGGUGUCAUCGUAUGGAGGUCAUUUACGAUAUCGACUGCACUCCCAGACCCAGCCUAUGAGGGGCGACGUGCUGAACUUGCCCGCUGAGGCUUCCCGUCCUGAUGUCAUUCUCAAGGGUAACCAGAUGACCCUGGUGUACCUGGAGAGAGAGUAUUUAUCCCCUGGAGUGCCCCAUGAUGGAAGAGUUCACCUGGUGGAGGGCAGUUUCAGGCAUGCACAGACCGGCAAUGUGGUGUCUCGGGAGGAGCUGAUGAUGGUGCUGGUGGGGUUGGAGGCCCUGCAGAUCCGGGCCCUGCACUCUCAGUCUGCCCUGGCCGUGUCGCUGCGUGGGGUGGUGCUGGAGGGAGCCGAGAGCUCGGCCACCGGGCAGCACGCCAGCAACGUGGAGAUCUGCCUCUGCCCUGCCAACUACCAGGGCGACUCCUGCCAGCAAUGUGCACCAGGUUACUAUAGAGACACCAAGGGACUAUUCCUGGGAAAGUGUGUUCCCUGCAACUGCAAUGGCCACUCUGACCAGUGUCUGGAUGGAUCAGGGAUUUGUGUUAACUGCCAGCACAACACUGCAGGAGAUCAUUGUGAGAAGUGUCGGGGUGGUUUCCUUGGCAACUCCACGGUUGAUGGGCACGCCCCCUCAUGUACCAGCUGCCCCUGUCCACUGCAGGUUACCUCCAACAAUUUUGCUGUGGGUUGUGUGGAGAAGUCAGGGCGGAUGCAGUGCCUGUGUAUGCCUGGAUAUGCUGGACCCCACUGUGAGAGGUGUGCUCCAGGUUUCUACGGCAACCCCAUGGUGAUCGGCAGUACCUGCCAGCCCUGCCAGUGCCACGACAACACAGACCCCAACAUGCUGUUCAGCAACUGCCACCCGCUGACGGGGGAGUGCCAGGGCUGCAUGCACAACACCGCCGGCCCACACUGUGAGGUCUGUGCGCCGGGCUUCUACGGGGACGCCGUCAAUGCCAAGAACUGUACCAAAUGCAACUGUUCACCAUGUGGCACUGACAGAUGUGACCCUCACACGGGGGUGUGCCACUGCAAGCCUGGCGUAAAGGGUGCCCACUGUGACAUCUGCGAGGAGGGGAUGUUCGGAUUCGAGACCUGCGCUGGCUGCCGGCGCUGCGACUGUGAUGCUGCAGCUGCCCUGUUACAAUCAUGUGACCCCAGGAACGGGACCUGCGCCUGCCGGCCAGGUGUCAACGGCCCCCACUGCCGCCAGUGUGCCCCGGGACACUGGGAUUACAGCCCCACAGGCUGCAAGAGGUGUGAAUGCAAAGCAGGACUGUGUGACCCCAGGACAGGGGAGUGCAGGUGUGGCCCGGGGCUGACAGGGAAACAGUGUGACACCUGUGCAAACAGGUACAGCAUCCCCGUGGAGAAUGGAGUAGAUCCCAUACACUGCCAAGUCUGCGACAGUUGUGUCAUCGUCUUGCUGGAGGACCUGGACAGAAUGAAUGGCCUUUUCCUGUCUGUCAAGGAUCAGCUGACCAAUGUGAAUGCCAGCUCCAUCGCUUGGGCACAGCUGAACAACCUCAACAGCUCCAUAGCAACCAUUGCUAAUACAAUAGACAACUAUAACUCCACGCUGGAUGAAGGCCGGAGUAGAGCAGACAUGCUGGAGGUUGAGGCUCAGAACAUCAACUCUGACAUCGAUGAGUUGGAGCAAAAGGCGCAGCUGACAAGCCAGAAGGCGGAUGACCUUGAGAACAGCACCGGCAAAACUCACCAGCGAGCCGAAGACCUGCUUGUAUUCAUCAAGGGCAUCAUGGGAGAUAUUGAAGACAUUUCAGCCCUGGCGAACAAGACUUAUGAGUCGAGUGAGGGCCCGGGGGAGGACUUGUCUGGGAAGCUGGCCCAGGUGGAAACCAUGCUGCGGGAGAUGAGGUUCCGGGGCUGUGAGGGCCAGAAGACUGCGGCUGAGAAAGAGCUGUCGGAGGCCCAGAAGCUGGUGGAUCGGGUAAAGGAGGAGCUGGUGAACCGACUGGCAGACAACCAGGCUGUGGUCAAGAGCAUCAGGGACCAGCUGAGCAAGUUCCAUGCUGAGCUGAUGGACCUGAGGGACGCUCUCAAUGAAGCGGUCAACAACACCGCCCGGGCUUCUGACACCAACAACAUCAACAUGAAGAGACUGGAGGAGAGCCGGCAAAAAGUUGAAGACCUGCAGAAGAAACAGAAGGAGGUGAACGACCUGCUGCAGAUGUCAGAGGAUGCUGUGGCUCAAGUCAACGACCUGCUCUCCAUGCUGCAUGACUCCAAGGAGGAAUACGAGCGCUUGGCAGCCCAGCUGGACGGGGCCAGGAAGCCUCUGGCUGAGAAGGUGCAGACGUUCACCCCGACUGUGUCCAAGAUCCCUCUGGUGGAGGCUGCAGAGAAGCACGCCGAGCUGCUGGAUCAGCUGGCCAAGAACCUCUCCAGCGUGAUUGCAGACACAAAUCAGGACGGAUUCAUCCAGCGUGCGGUGAACGCGUCUCGCGCCUACACCAACAUCAUCGUUGCCGUGCGCGAUGCUGAAAACGCUGCCCGUGAGGCCGACCAGGCAGCCAUGGAUGCUCUGGAGAAGGUGCAGGGGAAAGACCUUGGCCAGCUGGCUGAUUCACUGAAGAACAGGAGCAAUGAGCUGAUGGAUGAGGCCCUGAAUCUGCAAGAUAAGCUCGCCAAGAACAUUAAGCCUGAGCUUCAGGAUGCAAAGAAGAGGCUUCAAGAUGCCAAAAAUAAACAGGAGUCUCUUCUCAAGGAUCUGGAAACCAUCCAGACGAAUCUCAAUUUCAGCAGAGAGGAAACAGCCAUGAACAUUGAGCUUGCCAAGUCAGCAGCUGCUCAGGCCAAUAACACCGCUGCCAAGGUAGAGGAGGUGCUCAGCCCCAUGAAGGAGCAGCUGGACCAGUGGCAGAAACAGUAUGGCGACUCCAACACCACCAAUGAGGACAUUAACAAUGCCUUCCUGGAAGCUAACAAAUCAGUUGGGUUACUGGGUGACACCAUCCCUCUCUUGAUGAAGAAGCUGGACAAGCUGCAGAACCAUUCCACACAGAUGCCCAACAUCUCUGAGAACAUCCAAAGGAUCCGUCAGCUAAUUGCUCAGGCUCGCAAUGCCGCCAACAAGGUGAAAGUGCCAGUGAAAUUUAAUGGGUCCUCAGGGGUACAGGUGAGGACUCCCAGUAACCUGGCUGACCUGGCAGCCUACACCUCACUCAAGUUUGACAUCAUUCUGCAAGCACCCAAAAGGAAAAGACGGGAAGAUAAUAAUAAUCAGCAGUUCGUCUUAUACCUUGGCAACAAAAAUCCCACCAAGGAGUACUUGGCAUUGACGCUUUUGGGACAGAAACUGGUCUGGCGGUACAAUUUGGGCGGAGCAACAGCAGAGGUUAUGGUGGACUACCAGAUCCAAACAGAUGGCUUCAACAGUGUCAGCCUGGAUAGGAUUCUGCAGCAUGGGGAGAUAUCAGUCUCUGAAGAGAAAGCAGGGAACAGGGUGUUCAAGGCAAGUGCGGAGGCUGCAGGGGAAAAAGGCUUGCUUAACCUCUCAGCAGAAGAUGCUGUCUUCUAUGUGGGAGGAUAUCCUGACAACUUCCAGCUCCCUCCUGAGCUUAAAGACACUACGGGAUUCCAGGGCUGCAUUGAAAUGGGCACUCUAAAUGAGGAAGUUCUGAGCUUGUACAACUUUGAACAGACCUUCCGACUUAACACCACUGAGACUAAGCCGUGCACCAGAGUAAAGCCAGCCCUGGUACGGCAGUGGGUCAACGAUGCAGCCUAUUUUGAUGGCACAGGCUAUGCGAAGAUCACAUUUAACGCGGAGGGAAGCUCCAGAGGAUACAGUCGCUUUGAACAGGAAGUCAAGGUGCUCCCACAAAAUGGCAUCAUUUUGCUGCUACAAGACCAGGACAAGUUCCUGUGUCUGGCUGUCCACAACAGCCUGAUAAAGGUGUUCUAUGACUUCACGGGAGAGAUGAAGGAGGCAGAACCGAUCAUCACAGACCAGGCAAAUGUUAUUGGUGGACAGACCAAAACGCUGGAUGUCAUCAUUCUUCACAAAAAUAAACGGCUGAUGGUGAAGAUCAGUAGGACGACCGUGUAUAAUGUGAUCGCCAUGGAUUUGCCCCGCUUCAGUGAGAGCUACUACCUAGGGGGAGUGCCAAAGGACAAACUACCAGACAGCCUGAAGGCCUACUUCCCUGAACAGACCUCCAUCAAAGGCUGCAUCAGGAACAUCAAGGCCUACGACUCUUACAUUGACAUCAAGAGAAUGAACAGCUCUGGAGUCAGCUAUGGCUGCCCCCAUGAACUCCUGGUCACAAGGGAAGCGCACUUCUCUGGAACCGGUUACAUAAGCCUACCCCUAGACAACCUCCCGGACGCGAAAUCAGACUUCUAUGCUGGGUUGGGCUUUCGGACUGACCAGAAGAAUGGGCUCAUGUUCCUCUACAACAAAGAAAGUGAAGUGUGCCAGGUUCACCUCGACAGGGGUCAUGUGGUGGUGAGGUCUGGGAAUAAGGAAAUUAAGACUCAGAAGACCUACAAUGAUGCAAACAGCCAUUAUGUGGCUCUGUACAGCAAUGGCACAGGGCUGUAUGUCUAUGUGGAUGACACUUUGGAGAACCCAGCGGGUGUGUUGGACACGAGCCCCACCACAGCCAGCACGGAUGGGAGCGUGUACCUAGGGGGCACACCUGUGGAUGUGGGCGUGGCCAACGUCAGCGGCUGCCUCAGCAACCUGUUUGUCAAACGCACAAAGUUGCCGCAGACGGUGGUGGACCUGCUGAAGGCGAAGGAGAACGUGAACGCACCGCAGAGUUGCCCGCCAGCCAAGGGGCCCCAGCAGAUCCUGGCCUCCCCGCGGGGCCACAAGAACCCCAAGGGCAGGAACAGGAAGCCGCAGGGCGGGUCACGGAGCCGCAGCGCUCGGGGGUCCUGCCAGCCAGAGCUGUCCGCCCCUGAGGCUCGGGCUCUGCACUUCAGCGGCUCCUCGCACAGCUACAUGCAGCUCGACUCCCUCCCUGCGGCCUUCAGGAAGACACCACACUUCUCCAUGGGUGUGCGUGUCAACUCCUCAGAUGGGCUGAUCUUUUACGUGGGAGGAGAGAAAAAUGGUGUUGCCAUGAUGCUGUCUGUCUCUGGUGGUCACUUCCUCCUGCUCAUUGACAACGGCCGAAAGAAGACCAGCGUUCGCAGCCGCAAAAAGUACACAGACAAUCAGUGGCAUACGGUCUUUGUAAAGAGGGAGGGGGAGAAGGCUACUCUGAUAGUGGACGGGAUCAGUGCGCAGACCAGGAGGGUGUCUGGUGUGGAGAGGAGUCCACUCAUUCCCCCUCUGUAUAUUGGAGGCCUUCCCUCCAGCCUGUCCAGUUCAGUGAUCACGGUCCCUGCUCAAGGAGGGUUUGCUGGCUGUAUCAGGGAUAUAAGGCUAAACGAGGAGCCCCUGGAAGGCCCCUCUCAUUCCCUGGGCGUUGUGCCCUGCUUCCAGGAUAGCCUGCAGCCGGGGGUCUACUUCUCCAGCCAGGGGGGACACAUCUCUAUUGAUGACACCCUGACGGUGGGCCGGGACCUGGAGAUCUUGCUGGAGGUGCGGCCCGUCUCGGACUCCGGGCUGCUGCUGCAUGCUGGCAGCAAGAAGGGCCUGCAGCUGAGCCUGUACCUGAACCAGGGAGAGGUGACAGUCUUGGCGAAUAAUGGCAACGGAGAAUUUUCUGCUUCUUUGACACCGGAGGAGUCAGUGUGCAAUGGGCACUGGCACAGCAUCACAAUUGUGAAGAAAAGCAAUGUGAUCCAGCUUGAUGUGGACAUGGUCAGCGAGCAUGGCGUGGGCCCCAAGCAGAGCCGCUCCUCUGGGAGCAAAGAAACAGUCUACCUGGGUGGAGUACCAGAUGCUGUGGAUGUCCCCGGUCUGCCUUCCUCUUUGCCCUCAUUCCACGGUUGUGUGCGAAGGGUAGUUAUUAACCAGAGGCCCAUGACACUGAGCAAGCCCCUAUCUGUGCAUGGAGCCGUGGGUACUCAGGGCUGCCCCUCCAUGUAGUCACCACAUGCCGGCUCUAUCCAGAGGACCUUCCCGACACGUUACAACCUUGGGUGGUGGGCUUUCUUUCAAUAGUUAAUUUAAACAGAUAUUUAUAAAUAUGAAUUUUUACAUUUUAAUUAUUAAAACAGAAAUUCUAUUUUCCACCUGCCCAUUUUACCAUUCAAAUACCUCUACAACUGGGAAAAAAACUGGGGUAUCAUUGAUCCUUAAGACAUGAGAUGUCCUUAUCCACGAUCGUCCAUAUAUCCAGUGUUGUAAACAACAUGUUGCAGGAAUUAAAGGGUCCAAAAUGUUUAAUGAUCACAAAAAUGCUCCAUCUGUAUUUGGGACUGAUAUGAUCCACAUGUAUUUUAAUGGAAUUGCACCUUUUCCUUUCAUUUUGUAUGCGGUAUUAUGGGAACAAUGUAUCAUGAGGGGUUAUAAAAAUAACAAAUACUGGUGUUGUAUUUGUAUUUCACUCAGAAAUUUUAAAUGAUCCCCAACCAACUAUAGUUGCUGUAAACAAAUUUUAAUGGCGUCAAUAAAGUGUUCUUUUGGAAAGAUUAUAGGUUUUUGUAAUGAGUAUCAAAGGGCUCAAACUAAGCACUGUUAAUGUUAGCAGAUGCAGAAUUUCUGCCACUUGGGUUGUUAACAUCAUCCAUAAUUUGCACUUGCUGUCAGUGGGACAGGUAAUUUUAAAGGCAUUUUCUUUGAGGAAUUACUGUAACUAUACAGGACCUAUACACGGGAAUAGGCCUA